AUGGCCAUUAAACCAAAGCGUAUUGACCCUGAACGUGCCCGUCGUGCCGCUCGCGGCCAAUGGGGGGUGACGAGUGCGCGAAGCGGCACCAACCCUUCAAAGAAGCCGACGGUGGGAAGCGCGCGGUCAAUCAGUAGUGACAGUGCCACGAGUAGCGGUAGCAGUGAUGACAGUGGGUCAAAUGUAAGAAAUCCCUCGCACUGGCGGGGAGUUCGGCCUCGGAACGCGAACGCCUGUAAGGACAGCGUCAGUAACGCGUCGUUGACCUCCUCGCAAAUUCCCAAAAGUGAUGCCGAGUCGUCUACAAGUGAUCCGGAGCUUUACCGUGUCGCACGUCAGCGUACUGUACAGCUGCUGUUUCCGCGGAGUGAGAUUGCUGGCACCGGGAAGGCGGACAAUAACCGAGAGAAAUCCCAUACAGAAAAUGAAGGAAGAGGUGCGGUGGGUUCGGCACCUUUGUUGGGAAUGGCCCAGUUGUCUGUACCUCAGCAGGUCGGCGGUACCCAUGGCGCAACGAGUCCCAAGUACGCACUACACCAUCGAGACGAUGUCACAAGCUGUAGUAUAAACAGCACUAAGGAUCAAAGCAAUACCGGAUGUGACUCCAGCGGUAGAAGUUCUCCCCUAGCAUCUGUUGAAACUCCUCUCGCUGUGAGGGAGGCGCUGCAAGGGUUAGGAGCAUCAGAAGGAAGUCAAACAGGGCGUGAAUUUGACCGCCUUCUUGAGAUAUUUGCCGAGGAAUCAAAAGUCGGUGAGAAGCGGAAGGAGUAUCAGUCGUUAUCAUCCGUGGACCACCUACCCAUCGAAGGCAGUGACAAUCAAAGUCAACCGGAAACGGCACGCAGGAUGUUUGCUCAACCUCCACGCACAUUUUCUGAAUUGCAAGAGCGGGUGCUUCUAAGUUUGUACGAUGCAUACCAGGAGGGAGACGGUGCCGAAGGCGACGGUGAUGCUGGUGCAUCCACCGCAUCUAACAAAUACUUUAUCGCAACGGACCACAUGAGUGAAGCCUUUACACUGGCGGCUUUGGGUGCCUACAAGGACACCUCAAUCCCCGCGAUACACGCGAGCUUAUCAACCACAAGCUUCCCCAGCACCGCUGACCCUGGAGUUAGCUUAGCGAGUGCACCCUGCACGUUUGGUGCGCCCCUUACGCUUAUGGAUGUUGUAACUGCGGAACGGGCUCGGCACAACGCAAGAUCAGCCCUUGAGCGGCAACAGGAAGAGGGAAUUUCCCCCUCUCACCGCCCCGGGUUGGAGGCUUUAUUCACCGCGGACGGUGACUUGCUUGCCACUGCGGCGGAGCAGGCCCUUGAUCGUUUCCAUAUGAGCGUGCGUGUAUUGGAACGGGCGGCGUCAAACCGCAAAGUUGUUGACGAACUGGGUAACUUUUUGUUCGAGCACCACAAACUGUUUCUGCAGGGGGGUGGCAGUGGAGGCGCGAGUAGUUCGAUCCGCGAGUAUCCUCACGAGGCGUUUUCCGUCUACGAGCGGUACAGCAGCUGUGUCAGUAACUUCCUUCUCCAGUUGCUCAGGAGGCAAGUACCGAGCUUCAGCAUGGAAGAAUUUGUUUUAACGCUUUACGAUGUUGAUCUUGCGGGCAGCAGUACUGGUGAAUACCCUGAGGGUGGGAGUGACGGCUCACGUGACACACACCAAACACAUUGUCGGUCAAUAGACGUGUUAUCAUAUCCUGCGUGGCGGCUUCUCCAAUCCAUUUCGUCUUUUGAUGGGUUCAGCAGUUUCAUGGAUGACUUCAUUGCUGAAGUUUAUGGUGUCGGGGUAGUUACGGGUCCUGACGAUGGUAAAGCUGAUGGCCACGAGCCAAGAAACGGCACGAGCGCUGAGGUGAGGGCCUUUCAUAAACAGGUUUCCAGUGAUGUCGUUGUAGCGGCGGGAGCCCGUGGAAUCCGUGCCCUUCUCGCAAGGUCAGACGAGACUGCGGGCCGUCCACUGGAGGUACAUCGUAGUGAAACUGGUGCCAGCGAUAAUGAUCCCAACCUCUUCACUCGUAAUACAUUUGCUGCCACCAAGCGAUCUCAGGGAACCACGCCCCAGGCACUGAAGAGGGACAUUGUGCGGUCUGAUACCGUUCCAACCGCUAGUGGUACACGCCUCAGUGCUUCGGUUUCACUGUCCGGUUCAACAUUCCUACCAACAACUCCGGCAACACCCCCCACUUGUUGUGCAAACCCGCAACGCAGCAGCGCCAGCUCGGUACAGUCCUUUCCACGGCUCCACAGACGUCGACCAGAUGCCGUUCCCGGGCGAGUGUUGCCGCCCCUUGACCAUACGAGCGAAAGGGAGGAGAUGUCGAUGACGGAUCAAUCAAGGGAAGAAGAGAUGGAACAAAACGGAUGUGAAUCAUUGAGAUCCAUCAAAAGUGAAAUGAAGCCGUCUCUAACACCUCCUUGUAAGCUUACCGUUGAUUCCGCAACAGGGGUAGGCGGACGGAGUGGUAGAGGUACGGGUUCCAACCCCAAAGUUGCUAGUGUCAACCGCAGGAACCGCAGUUUCACGCAAGGUGUACGCGAAGUCAAUGAAAACGUAACGACUCCGCCAGUGAAAUCGAGGAGUCUCACGCGUAAGAAGUUGUAA